AUGCCAGUCUACACAACCGACCACUCCACCACCGUCCUGCAAACCCACUCCUGGCGCACCGCAACAAACUCCGCCCCCCACCUCCUCCCCUACCUCAAACCAGACAUGAAAAUCCUCGACAUCGGCUGCGGCCCCGGAACAAUCACCGUCGAUCUAGCACGCCACAUUCCCACCGGCCACAUCACCGGAAUCGAAUACACGGAUGACCCACUCCCAGAAGCCCGAUCCCUCGCGGCAAGUCAAGGAAUCACCAAUAUCGAUUUCGCCGUGGGGGAUAUCCACGCGCUGGAGUUUGAAGAUGAUAGCUUUGACGUCGUGCAUGUGCAUCAGGUGUUGCAGCAUAUUGCGGACCCCGUGCAUGCGCUGCGUGAGAUGAGACGGGUUGUUAAACCAGGUGGUAUUGUCGCAGCCCGUGAAUCGGCCGAUAUGACCUGGUAUCCGGAGAAUGAGGGCAUCGCGGGGUGGAAAGAGUUAACAAUGCGGGUGGCGAAGGCCAAGGGCGGGAACCCGCAUCCGGGGCGGAUGAUCCAUGUGUGGGCGAAGCAGGCUGGGUUUGAAGAUGGGAAGGUGAAGAGGAGUGCGGGGUCGUGGUGUUUUAGCACGGCUGAGGAGAGGGCGUAUUGGGGUGGGUCGAUGGAGGGGAGGAUUCGGUCGUCUGGGUUCGCGACGAUAGCGGUUGAGGGGGGAUUUGCAAGGGAAGAGGAGUUGGAGGGGAUUGCGAGGGGGUGGAGGGCGUUUGUGGAGGAUGAGGAGGGGUGGUUUGGGUUGAUGCAUGGGGAGAUUUUGUGCUGGAAGUAA